AUGGCUCCGGUCGGCGCGGGUCUCUGGCGGACAUUGCGAGCACACCAGGUUUACGGGGCCAAUACCGACGUCGGAAAGACAAUCGUGUCUACGGUACUGUGCAAUGCGAUUCAACGCCAAAAACAGAGAGCAGCUUUCUUGAAGCCCGUCUCGACUGGGUCUCUUGAUGAUGCGGAUGACUGGCACAUGAAGAAGUAUGGAGCAGGGACUUUAACCAAGUGUCUCUACCAAUUUGAUGAGCCUGUGAGCCCGCACAUAGCGGCAAAACAGAAGACCAAGACGGUACCUAGAGAUGAUGGCCUGCUUGCGGCCAUCCACAAAACUUUGUCAGAAUGGGCCCGAACGGAGAUCGACUUUGCCCUCGUCGAGACAGCAGGAGGCGUUCAUUCACCCGGUCCGAACGGAAACUCUCAAGCGGAUCUAUACCGGCCUCUACGAUUGCCCAUCGUACUUGUGGCGGAUUCCCGACUCGGAGGUAUCUCUUCCUCGAUUUCUGCCUACGAAUCCCUUCUGGUCCGCGGGUACGAUGUGCAAUCUGUUUUGCUAUUCCGCGAUGACUACUACCAGAACCACGAUUAUCUUGGCGACUUCUUCCGCAAAAAGAGUAUACCCUUGGUGUCCCUACCAGCACCACCAGUGAAACCAUCUCAGUCUGACACCGAUUCGUUAGCACGAGAUGAGGAAGCAAUGUUUUCUUACUACCGGCAAGCUUCACAAGAAGAUAGUGUUGCACAAUUGCUGGAGGAGAUGAAAAUCAAGAAUGUUGAGCGCAUCGAGAGAUUGGCUGAAAUGUCCAGUCGGGCGCAAGACUUGAUAUGGUACCCUUUUACACAGCACCAUGGCAUGCGCCCCAAGGAUAUUACUGUGAUCGAUUCGGCUCAUGACGACUUCUUCCAGACCUAUGGCACCAGCCCUGUUGAUGCUGCAGCGAGUGCACUGCGUCCGACAUUUGAUGGAUCUGCGUCGUGGUGGACACAGGGGCUUGGUCACGGCAAUCCCGACUUGUCGCUUUCAGCAGCAUAUGCAGCUGGUCGAUACGGUCAUGUUAUGUUCGCCGGUGCCGUGCACGAGCCUGCGCUCACACUUGCUGACACUCUGUUGAAAACUCUUGACAAUCCGCGCUUCGCCAAAGUCUUCUACACAGACAAUGGCAGCACUGGCAUGGAAGUGGCUCUGAAAAUGGGCCUCCGUGUCGCUUGUGACCGCUACGGUUGGGAUGCUUCCAAGGAGCAAAUCAGUAUCCUCGGCCUCAAGGGAAGCUAUCAUGGGGAUACAAUUGGUGUGAUGGAUUGUUCCGAUCCGUCAGUGUACAACCAAAAGGUUGAAUGGUACCGUGGCCGUGGCCAUUGGUUUGACUUCCCACUGGUCAAGAUGGUUGACGGCAGAUGGAAAGUAGAGGUACCAGCUGAACUGCGCCAAGCACUGGGAUCGGAUUCGGAGUUUGAGUCGCUGGGCUCCAUCUUUGAUCUUGACUCCCGUGCCAAUUCCGAGACAAGCCAGCUUUACAAAGAGUAUAUCCGACAAACAAUUCAAGAUUUAGUCAAGAAACAAGGCAUGAAGUUUGGAGCCUUAAUCUUGGAGCCUGUCAUUCUGGGCGCCGGCGGCAUGUUGUUCUGUGAUCCUCUCUUUCAGCGAUGUUUGACUGACGUCGUUCGUGCUCAUCCGGACUUAUUCACUUCGGAUGCUGUUGCUCAGACGAGCGACGGAUCCUGGUCAGGCCUGCCGGUCAUUUUCGACGAGGUCUUUACCGGACUUUAUCGACUUGGACGGCCAACAUCGGCGUCCUUCCUUGGCGUGGACCCUGACAUCGCUGUGAACGCAAAGCUUCUUACUGGUGGUCUUAUUCCCUUGUGCACAACGGUUGCUAGCCAGGAAAUUUUCGAAACGUUCCUGAGUCCCGAGAAGAGCGACGCCCUUCUCCACGGCCAUAGCUACACAGCUCAUCCGGUCGGAUGUACUGUUGCCGUCGAAUCGAUCAAGACAAUGAAUACAAUGAAUGAGAAUGGCACGUUUGAUCAACACAAAACAAAAUGGAACAAGGGAGCAGGCGCGUUCUCUGGCAAAACGGGCCCCGAGGUAUGGAGUGUCUGGUCACCGGAAUUACUUCACGAGUUGUCUUGUGCCGAGUCUGUCGAAAGCGUUUUUGCUAUUGGAACGGUUCUCAGCGUCUCCUUGAAAGAUACCCAGGGCGGUGGAUACACAUCAAAUGCCGCCAAAGGCCUGCAGCAGCAACUUUCUGCCGGAAGUCAUAAAUUCAAUGUUCACUCUCGCGUGCUCGGCAAUGUGCUGUAUCUAAUGUCGAGCGUGACAUCCAAAACAGAAUAUUUGCAGGAACUGGAGAGACUCCUACGAGCUGCCCUUGUCUGA